GCCAGUCAAACCUCCAUACCUCACACGAGCGACACGACCAGGAGUCCUCUCAAGCCGGGUAAAUCAAUCGAAAGAAAGAGAGAAAGAGAGAGAAAAAAAAAAGCAGGGAAGCUCGGAGACGUGUUUUCAUCUAUCGCAAGCACAGAUGCAGCACGUAAUCAACUCACAUAAUGUACAUAAAUCUCAACCCAUAUAUUCCAAGGGUGCAGCUCUCAAGAAACGCCAUAAGAAAAUGCCAAUAUCACGAUAUUCAAUAUUCAAGGACGCUUUCCGCCCCGGAAAAGCGGCCGUCGUCCGCCUCAAUGGCAAGCAGGCAGCUCAUUCCCAUCCGAAAUUUCACUGUUCGGACCUCCCCAUAUGCUCCAUGCGAUCAUACAGCUAUCGAAUGUGUCGGACACCCAUCUCUUACUCCUUCAGCGUCUCCUGCGCCGUCUCCGUUUCCUGUGCCGUCUCCUGCGCCGUCUCCGUUUCCUGUGCCGUCUCCUGUGAAGCCACCGGAGUCUUCUUGACAAGGCCAGCCUAACAACAAUGCGUUAGCCGGGUGGUUAUUAUUUCGCAGUCGUCGUCCGUCACAGUCGUGGAUAUCGAUAGACGCCUUCGCAGCAGAGGCAAACGUACCAGAGUCAUCAACUUCCAAACGGAGUCGCUGGGCUGCGCGCCCACACCGAGCCAGUACCUAGCUCGAGACCGGUCGAGCGAGAUCUCCUUGUAUGCUUUUGCGCGGCGGGCUUCCUGCUCGGACAGGUUUG